AUGGGCUUCUUCUCGCUCAGCCGCAACCUCAACCUCGACCUUCCCCCCUUCUUCCGGACCGGCGACAAGAAACCACGCGCGUCCGAACAAGAGGCGGAGGAGGCGGGGCCCCGGAAGCACGAGAAAGCACCGGCUCGGAUCAUGGCGUCAUCGCCGACGGCCUCUUCGCCGGCCGCCGACGGCGACGACCCCAAACGACUUUUCCACGUCUCCGGCAGCGGCGGCAGCGACGACGACAUUGAACAGCAGCGGCGGCGGCGGCGACACGGCCAUUCCUCCCUCUCCGAUGCCGGGGCCCGUUCCGGCCCGCUCCUCGGCAGCCCCCGUGGCUCCGGCUCCGGCCCCGGCCACGGCCCCGACGACGGCGACGACGGCGACGGCGAUCUCGACGGCGACCUCGUCACUGCCGCCGAGGGCCGCCAUCUCCGCCGCGGCCUGGCCGAGCGCCACCUCUCCAUGCUCGGCAUCGCCGGCGCCAUCGGCACAGGCCUCUUCCUCGGGCUCGGCGGCGCGGUCCAGAGGGGCGGCCCGCUCGGCGCCCUGCUCGGCUACGCAACCAUCGGCCUGCUCGUCUGCGCCGUGCAGUUCGCCCUCGGCGAGGUCGCCGCCCUGCUCCCCGUCACGGGCGCCUUUGUGCGCCACGCCGAGCUCCUCGUCGACCCGGCCUGGGGCUUCGCCGUCGGCUGGAACCUCGUCUACGGCAACAUCCUGUCCAUCCCCUCGGAAAUCACCGCCAUCUGCGUCCUCUUCCAGCUCUGGACCGACGUCAACCCCUCCGUCUUCAUCGUCAGCUUCGUCGUCCUCACCGUCGCCGUCGGCUUCGCCUACGUCCGUGUCUUUGGCGAGGUCGAGUACGCCUUUGCCCUGCUCAAGAUCCUCCUCGUCGUCUUCCUCAUCGUCCUCGGCCUCGUCAUCGACCUCGGCGGCAUCCCCGGCACCCCCGCCCUCUACUUCCGCCACUGGCGCGACCCGGGCCCCUUCGUCGAAUACAUUGCCCAGGGCCCCUGGGGCCGCUUCCUCGGCUACUGGAGCGUCAUGACCGGCGCCGUCUUCUCCUUUGCCGGCGUCGAGUCCAUUGCCAUGGCCGGCGCCGAGACCAGGAACCCGCGCAAGGCCAUCCCCGCCGCCUGCAAGAACGUCUUUAUCCGCAUCGUCCUCUUCUACAUGCUCGCCAUCCUCGUCGUCGGCAUGCUCGUCUCGAGCAACGACGAGCGCCUCAACAACGGCACCGACAACGCCGCCCAGAGCCCCUUUGUCAUUGCCGCCUCGGCCGCCGGCAUCCCCGCCAUCCCCUCCGUCGUCAACGCCGUCGUCAUCACCUCGGCCUGGUCCGCCUCCAACCAGAGCCUGCUGGCCGGCACCCGUGUCCUCUACGGCCUCGCCCUCAAGCGCCAAGCGCCCCGCGUCUUUCUGCGCACCACCUCGUGGGGCGUGCCCUACAUGUGCGUCCUGCUCUUCACCGUCUUCAUGUUCCUCAGCUUCAUGAGCCUGUCGACCAGCGCCUUGAGCGUCUUCUGGUGGCUGGUCAACCUGACAGCCGCCGGUGUCCUGGUCUCGUGGAUUUCCAUACUGCUGAACCACAUCCGCUUGAGACUUGCUCUGAAGAAGCAGGGUAUCCCGGCCACGAGGCUUCCAUGGUACAAUUCGUGGACACUGUAUAGCUCGUAUGCCGGCCUCUUUCUGUGCGUCAUCAUCCUCCUCACGAGUGGCUUCGCCGUCUUUACAGAGGGAAACUGGAACGCCACCAACUUUGUUUCCGCCUACCUCGAUAUACCCCUUGUGCUGGGGGCUUACUUGAUCUGGAAGUACAUCAAAGGCACAAAGAUCGUGAACCUCUCCGAAAUACCCCUUCGAAGCGUCCUGGAACGGGCAGACCAAAAGCACGCGGUGCUGGAUUCAUAG